AUGCAACAGGAUGAGUACUCCACAUCAAGUUCAAACGGUAUUGAUACUAUAGAACGUCCCAGAAGACGGUCUCCAUUAAUACAGACUUUUCAUCAAGGAAAGUGUUCAGAUAGAUUACGCGAUCAACGAAUACGAACUGAGAUGGAAGAUUCUAUGGAUUUUUUUCCAAGUGGAGUCAUUAAUGAUCCAACAGUAAUUACGUGUGCUAGCAAUUUUUUGGUUGCUCCACAUUUUGGAUCAUCUCACAGUGUUGUGGCGUCUUCAAAUAACAACACGUCGAAUAUUAUGGAAUCAACAGAAUUUCAUGAUGGCUCACAUUCUAAUCUCGUUCUUUCAAAUAUGUUGCAAUUUCGUGAUGAAAAAUUUAUGUGUGAUGUUGAAAUUGAGGUUGGAGGGACUGUUUUUAAUGCUCAUCGAUACGUCCUGGCUGCAGCUAUACCUUAUUUUCGUUCUAUGUUUUCAUCAGAUAUGAUAGAAUCACGGCAAAAUAGGAUUGUAGUCCAGGAUAUUCCGGCUUCAGCUUUCAAACAGCUUUUGGAUUUUGCUUACACCAGUAAAGUACACAUCAAUAGUGAUAAUGCUCAACAGUUGUUAUUUGCUGCCAGCAUAUUACAGAUGGAUACUGUAUGUGGUGCAUGUCAACGUUUUUUAACACAGUAUUUGACCACUACUAAUUGCUUGUCAAUACGACAGUUUGCUGAGCAGCAUAACUGCGUCAGCCUUAUGUCAUCCGUAGAUGACUUUGCCGUUGAGCAUUUUCCAGAAUUACGAGUACUUCCCGAUUUCAUGCAGAUACCAUUUAGUUAUUUGGUAGAUCUCUUAAGAAGUUCUGAUCUGAAAGUCAACAAUGAGCAAGAGGUUUUCGAAACGGUGAUAUUUUGGGUUGAAGAGAAUAUUGAAGAACGAAAGAAGUGCUUGCCAGAUUUACUUGCUCUAGUUCGCUUGCCGCAACUGCCUAUUGCCUACUUUUUGAAUAAUGUCAUAAAGCAUCCUCUCAUUAUGGAAUGUGUUCGUUGUCGAGAUUUAGUAGCUGAUGCAAUGAGUGAAAUGAUGCGUGUACAUAUUGGUUUUGGAAGAAAUUGUGGAACUCAUAGUAUCGAAAGUUCGUCUUCUUUACCAACUCACCCUGGCACAGGUUAUGGCUCUGGAAAUCCUCUUUCCACUAAUUCUACAAACAAUCAAACGGAAUUAUCCGAACAAAAGCAGUUACACUUACGAAUGUCUUCAGUUGGAGUAUGGACGAAUUGCAGGCCUCGGAAAAGUGCCGCAGGUGUUAUAUUUUGUGUUGGUGGACGUGGUACUUCUGGCGAUCCAUUUCGUUCUGUAGAAGCGUAUGAUUGGCGUCGUGAUAAAUGGUUCUCAAUAAGUGAUAUGAAUAUUCGUCGGAGACAUGUUGGCGUUGUUAGCGCUCAGGGAAAACUCUAUGCAAUUGGUGGACAUGACGGGACAAAUCAUUUAAGUUCCGCUGAAUGUUUUGAUCCAGCUACAAAUAUGUGGCAUACUGUGUCUUCAAUGAAUACACGUAGAAGAGGCAUAGCUGUAGGAGCACUAGAACGUGCAAUAUACGCUGUUGGUGGACUUGAUGAUACUGCAUGCUCUCAAGUCGUUGAGCGAUAUGAUAUUGAAUUAGAUAAAUGGUCGAAUGUGGAGCAGUUGAAUGUACAACGAGGCGGUGUUGGUGUAGCUGCAUUGGGUAAAUAUUUAUUUGCUGUUGGUGGUAAUGAUGGAACUUCAUCUCUUGAUUCUUGUGAACGUUAUGAUCCACUUCUGGAUAAAUGGAAAUUAGUUGCUAGCAUGCAGCAUCGAAGAGCUGGUGCCGGUGUCACGGUACUCGAUGGAUGUUUAUAUGCAGUUGGUGGUUUCGAUGACAAUGCACCAUUACCAUCGUGUGAACGUUAUAAUCCAGAAACUAAUACGUGGACAUUGCUCUGCCAAAUGUCUUGCCCCAGAGGAGGUGUUGGUGUUGCAUCUAUGGGUGGGCGAAUUUAUGCGAUUGGAGGUCAUGAUGGAGUGAGAUAUCUGAGUUCUGUUGAAGCAUAUGACCCGACUACAGACCACUGGUCCUCAGUAGCUGCCAUUAGUCAGUGCAGAGCUGGUGCAGGUGUUGCAUGUGCAGAAUGUUGUGUCGACGUUCUUUUACGACCACCAUCAAUGGCUCUUGGAAAAGGCAGUGGUUGCGCUCCAUGCAUUACAGGCGUUGCUCACUGUGUUUAA